GGCUCGACUGGUCUAGGGCUUCGAGUGGGAACCCCGCGUACCCAGUCAGUGAGUGACCAGCGACGGCCGCGCCGUGAACCCGGAGCAAGGGGCUUUUGGUCCGACGGUGAAAGUCGCCUGAACCCGAGGCCCAGGCUUCCGAAGGCCACCCACGCCCCGCAUCCGGAGCACAGCUCGGGAUAUGAGGCCCCGCCCACCCUGAGCGCGUCACUCUCGGGCGCGCGCCCGCUACUGGCGUGCGCAACCGCCAUAUCUCCCCUUUAGCCGAGUGAAGUGGCUUGUUAGUAGAAGUCCGUGGGCACGGAAGAAAAGCAUCCAUCCCAGAGCCAUGGUCCAUGCCUUCCUCAUCCACACCUUGCGGGCCACGAAGGCUGAGGAAGGCCUUUGCCGAGUGCUCUACUCCUGCUUCUUUGGUACCGAGAAUUCACCCAACGACCCACAGCCACAUGGUGCUGAGAGGGACAGGCUCCUCCGAAAGGAGCAGAUUUUGGCUGUGGCCAGGCAGGUGGAGUCCAUGUGCCAGCUGCAGCAGCAGGCGUGUGGCCGGCCUACUGUGGACCUGCAGCCCCAGUCCUCAGAUGACCCAGUGCACCUGCAUGAGUCCCCAUGUGGGGCCUUCCGCCUGACAGCAGGGGACCCUUUCCAGGAGCCUCGGACAGUGGUGUGGCUAGGCGUGCUCUCAUUAGGCUUCGCCCUGGUGCUGAAUGCCCACGAGAACCUGCUGUUGGCAGAGGGCACGCUUCGGCUGCUGGCCCGCCUUCUCCUUGAGCACCUCCGGCUGCUGGUCCCCACUGCCAACAUCCUGCUGCGGGCUGACUGCAUCGAGGGCAUCCUCGCCCGCUUCCUGCCCCAUGGUCAGCUGCUCUUCCUCAAUGACCAGUUUGUCCAGGGCCUGGAGAAAGAAUUCAGUGCUGCCUGGCCCCGCUGACCCCUCCUGAGAGGGCAAGGAGGGAGGAUGAAGAUGGACGGAUAUACAGCCAGGUAAAAUUUGGCAUCUGCCUCCUUCCCAGCCUCCUCUCAGCUCUGGUGUGCUGCCACACCCAGGACAAAUGGAUGGGACAAACUGGCAGAAAAGGGGCCCGGGGAGAGGUUAGAGAGGAGGAAUCACAGAGCAUCCUAUGCCUGGAGUGACCUCGUGACUUAUUCAGACUGCUGCAGCGGGCCAGCCCGCUUGUCCUUGACCCCACUUUCUCCCAUCCCUGCCAGCCAGCCCCAAAUAGUCCACCAGCCACUAGUGCUGGGGCAGUAAGGAACGGCUGCGUGGAACUCAGCCCACUUUCUUCCAAACCCAUAGUCAUCGCAGUGCAAAAGGAGUCUCUGAGAUUUCGAGGGUCAGGGAGCUGGCUUCUGCCUUUGCACUUACUUAGGCGCCAUCAUCAAGGAUUUUGUUGGCGAGGGCCUGCUCAGUGUCCAGCCCCACCACAGUUCACAAAGGUGUGAGUUGUUCAACAGAGAGGCUCCAUAGCUCCUUUUGGCCCCAGCCCAUGCCCACUGGCAGCCAUGAGAUAAUCAUGGGCUUACUUUGUCUGCAGGGAGAGAGGGUGGUGUCGGGUGAGAGAGGUCUGAUGCUGUCCUUCUCAUUUUGAAUUAAAAGCACCGAGU